GUCCCAUUUCGAGUUUAGAUCUUCCAAUUCCAAAUCCUCACCAUCAUCGCCGUCGUGAUCUCCGCCGCAGAUCGCAGCAAUGGUGCUGGUCUCCUACGUCCGCGACUACAUCAGCCGCAUGCUUCAGGACAUCUCCGGCAUGAAGGUCCUCAUCCUCGAUUCCCACACGGUUAGCAUAGUGAGCGUGGCGUAUUCGCAAUCGGAGCUUCUCCAGAAGGAAGUGUUCUUGGUGGAGUUGGUGGACUCGAUUUCAAAGUCGAGAGAGGCCAUGUCGCAUCUCAAGGCCAUUUACUUCGUUGCGCCUACUUCAGACAACAUUAAGAUCCUAAAACGCCAUUUGGCUACUCCGAGAUUCGGAGAGUAUCAUCUCUUUUUCUCCAACAUAUUGAAGGAUACUCAGAUUCAUGAGUUAGCCGAUUCCGACGGGCACCAUGAAGUUGUGCAGCAAGUUCAGGAAUUCUAUGCGGACUUUGUUGCAAUUGAUCCUUAUCAUUUCACUUUGAAUAUGCUGUCAAAUCACGUUUAUAUGCUCCCAGCUGUUGAAGCUGAUUCAAAGUUAGAGUGCUUCAGACACCGAGUUGUUGAUGGUAUUGCAUCUAUUUUUCUGGCAUUGAAACGAAGACCGGUUAUUCGUUAUCAGAGAACAUCUGAUAUUGCAAAAACGAUUGCACAGGACACAGCGAAGCUGAUGUACCAGCAAGAAAAUGGGCUAUUUGAUUUCAGACGAACAGAAAUUUCUCCACUAUUGCUGGUAAUUGAUAGGAGGGAUGAUCCGGUAACCCCCUUGCUGAAUCAGUGGACUUAUCAGGCAAUGGUUCAUGAAUUGAUUGGGAUUCAAGACAACAAAGUUGACUUAAAAAGCAUUGGAAAGUUUUCAAAGGAUCAACAGGAAGUUGUGCUGUCAUCUGAACAAGAUGAAUUUUUCAAAAAGAACAUGUAUGAAAACUUUGGUGAUAUUGGGAUGAAUAUCAAGCAGUUAGUUGAUGAAUUUCAGCACAUUUCCAAAAGUAACCAGAACAUCCAGACAAUAGAGGACAUGGCCAAAUUUGUUGACAGUUACCCCGAGUAUAGAAAGAUGCACGGAAAUGUUUCAAAGCAUGUGUCACUCGUAACAGAAAUGAGCAAGCUAGUCGAAGAGCGUAAACUUAUGUUAGUUUCACAAACAGAACAGGAGUUGGCUUGUAAUGGUGGGCAGAUGGCAUCUUUUGAGGCAGUGACAAAUCUAUUGAACAACAAUAGUAUAGCUGAUAUUGAUCGCCUACGACUUGUAAUGUUGUAUGCUUUGCGUUAUGAGAAGGAGAGCCCUGUACAAUUGAUGCAACUUUUUAACAAACUAUCGUCGAAGAAUGCCAAGUACAAACCUGGGCUGGUCCAGUUCCUCUUGAAGCAAGCGGGUGUGGAUAAGCGCACUGGGGACCUUUUUGGAAAUCGAGAUUUCUUAAAUAUUGCACGUAACAUGGCUCGUGGGCUUAAGGGAGUUGAGAAUGUGUAUACACAACACCAGCCUCUUCUCUUCCAAACUAUGGAAAGCAUUACCAAGGGACGACUAAGAGAUGUGGACUACCCAUUUGUUGGAAAUCACUUUCAACAGGGCAGGCCUCAAGACGUGAUCAUUUUCAUUGUGGGUGGUACAACAUAUGAGGAGUCUCGUUCUGUAGCUUUACAAAAUGCUACGAAUUCUGGAAUUCGAUUUAUACUUGGUGGUUCGGUUGUUCUAAAUUCUAAGAGGUUCUUGAAGGACUUGGAAGAAGCUAAGAGACAAGCUCGGCUUAGCAAUGCCAACUGAAUUUUAGUUUUGUAUAUCUAGCAAGUAAAAAGCGAUGUGGAUAUGUGUUUGUAAAUUUUUAGGGGAUUUUGAUUAGGCCAGCAGCUGUGAGAAACUGUAUCAAAAACUGCAUAUAUGCUCUGAGGGAUCAUUGGAAGCUGCCCUAUGUUCAUGCAGAAGGCACAUGGUUUUCUACACCAUUUUACUGGAGGAAAGGCGAAAAUGAUGGGAAGAUGUAAAUUGCAUUACGUGGGGAAUGUAAGAGCUGAUACCCUUCCACAAGAAAUGUGAUCUCACAUCUUGGCUCUAAUCAUUCCCCAAUCAAGCCAGAUAUCCCUAGUGCCUGAAUUGACAUAUACCUUCAUUAAUGUUGUGUUGUUUCGGAAGAAACUUCUCAUACGCGAAAGGUCUGUAGUCCCCCUGGUGCUUUUCAUGCAUAUUUACUGUAUUCAUUCAUCUGUUCUUACUAAUAUUGUGAGUGAUCAACAAGCAUAAAUGUAGUCUUAGCUUCUGUUUUUGCAAACCAGGUCUCGAUGAGAGUGAGACUUCAUUGUUCUAAUUGUUGUGGUGAUGUACCAGACCUCAAUACUAUUAGUAUUUUUGAUAGCU